AGACGAACCCAAAAGAAACAUUCAACAGGAGGAAACAGAGAUGGAGAGAAAAUUAAAUCUGCAGCCAGACACGGAUUAGUAAGAGGACAACAUGUCUCUUGGUCAAAUCAAGAAGUACAUCCUCCUGUCCAAGCAGCUCAUUAGUUUGAAUACUGGCACACCUACUAACCAAAGAUCAAUGAGGCAGAAUGAAGCUAGAUAUAAGCAAAGGAAUUGCUUAAAAGUCUUUGAUAAUUUCCAUGACAUCCAACCUUUUAGCUGCCAUCUCAAAGUGAGCCUAAAGACGAACCCAAACCUGCAGACCAAGGCAGUCCAAGAGAGAGCACCAGACAAGCAAUGCUCUCCUUUACUGGCAAUAGUUCAAGAUCAACCUCGCAGCCAAAGAUGGCACAUCCCUCAAACCGCCUUGAGACAUCUCCAUCGCAUAGGUAAAAGCAGAAAACAAGGACAGAAACAUAAACUAGAAAUAGGAUCUGAAAUGGUGGAGUUUUUAGCUCUCACAGGCCACAAGGGAGAUCCCAGCCCUUGUGCCUGAUUUACCCAUAUGGAUCAUGGCGCCAUUGUUGGCUGUUUGGGGACAGCCACUGAACCCCUCAUAAUCAUCAUUGAUCUUCUGCCCAAAGACAACACUCCAGAAACUUUCCAACAGAUUCAAGCACUCUCUCAUCAAGCACCCAAAAGCUUUCAUUCAAAUACAUAUACUCAACAGAU